GCCAGUACAUGCACGUCUUGUCGUCGCCGGCGUAAGUGCAGUCCGAUGGCAAUGAUUAUGUCGAUGAUCAGAUGAUGGGUUUGCGAAGCUCUUCAUUUGGAGGGUGCUUUAGUCUUUGACCAGCUUGUCGAAGGACCGGGGCUAGCUAGCCCAAGCAGAGCGGGGGUGAAAAUUUCUGCUCGUGGGGGUCACAAUGCCCCUUGGUUUCAAGCCAUGUUGUGCUGACUGCAAGGUGUUUGAGUCGCCUAUGUGGCACAAGGCAGGCAAUGGAGAUGUGCUGUGCCAUGCCUGCUCUAACCAGGGACCGCAGGUGCAUGCUAGAGUCAGGGAGGAGAAGCUAGGUAUGAGCUUGAGGUGCAGGGAGCGCCUGACUGGUCCCAAGGGCAAAAUGGGCGCUGCCAAAGGCGAGUACAAAUCCUCCCGUGUGCGCAAUCAGCAGAACAGACGGACUAUGAUGAAAUCUCAGCCUGUGAAAGGACUAAAGUCGUCUGCAGCCCUUUAUGCCAGUGAAUCUGUCCAGUAUGAUGGAAUGACAUACCGUAUAGGUGACGUGGUGUCCAUACUGGAUGUGGAAGGAGGUAUUUACUACGCGCAGAUCCGAGGUUUCCUUCGUGACCAGUAUGCCGAGUCAUUUGCCGUCUUAACAUGGCUGCUGCCCACUCAGCCAGACCCGGUACACUUUGAUAUGAAUCACUUCAGGCUUGGUCCUGAAGAAGAAACACCUCGACCUAUGUCCGUUUUAAAGUUCGUCUGUCACUUUUCCUUGGACAAGUCUUCAUCCGGCUGCUCAUGGACAUGCUGUCAGCCUUCCUAGUCCGUAUGCUAAAGUACGUGCUACGUAGUAGAGUGCAACACCGAACUAUUAUGCUGAUGCUGGCAUUAGCUCUUCGUUUUCAGAAUGUCUUGACCAUAUCCGCUCUAUACUCCAAAUCACACUAAAUGUGCUUGCUACUAACGCUGAUCUUUUUUUGCCGUCUUGUAAAUUGCUUUGCUCAUCUGAUCUGGAUUCUAUGUUGAGCUUCAGUCGCCUAACUAACCCACUUGUUUCACGUCUCACUACAAAGUACAUUGUUGCAGGAAGUCAUAGUGGCACGGGGCGGCAA